AAUGUACCUCAGGUGUGAGCGGAAUAUCGAGCCAAGCCUUGCCAUGGAGUUUCAACAGUUCAUGACUAUAUCUCCAUUUCUACACGACCUGCAUCCCUAGCUAACAUGGACAUGUCAGAUUUGGAUCUGGUGGCUCAAGCAACGGCGAGAGAAAGGAUACCGGGAGGAUCAGUAUCGGGUUCAAAAGAGUUCACGACAUCUGUACCAGUACUGCCAGUUGAUACUCUAAGCAAUGGUCGGGUGAACGGUAAAGAAUCAUCGGCUCAGAGGAGUGAAGAAGAAAAUGAUGAGACUAUGCGGGCUUUGAGAGAUUUAGGAGACUUGGAGAUCGACGAUGUGGACUUGUCAUCGCUAUCUCCUCAAGAUUUGGAGGUCCUCAGACCGCUUAUCGAGGCUCUGAGGAUAUCUGAUCCCAGUAUGUUACCUCCUGGCCUUGGUAGAGAUGAAGAUGGAGGCCAAGGUGCGGAAGGCGAGGGAGAAGGCGAUCUGGAAAUCGCCAGGAUACUCGCUCAGAUGGAUGCGGCUGAACACGUGGCGGAUGAUCUGGACGGUCGGCUGGAUAAGCUGUUAGCGAACCUAGGCAAGGUCGAAGAGGAGAUCGGUCAGGGGCCAGAGGAUGGCAAGGCCGAAGAGGGUACCAAUGUGGAGGACAAGGAAGAAGCAGAAUCAAAUAAGUAGCAAACACCUACGCAAAUGAGAGGAACACUCAUAGAACGAACCUUUCGAGCAGGGACACCCCUUUUAUCAGAGGACGCACCACUAUGUAACACCCUGUAGCAAU